AUAUAAAAACUCUCUUACACCCACCCAAACUUCCACCUGCCUCAGCCAGAAACAAAGAUGCAGAUCUUCGUGAAAACCCUAACCGGUAAGACCAUAACCCUCGAGGUUGAGAGCAGCGACACCAUUGACAAUGUCAAGGCCAAGAUUCAGGACAAGGAAGGUAUUCCACCGGAUCAGCAGCGGUUGAUCUUCGCCGGAAAGCAGCUUGAAGAUGGCAGAACUCUUGCUGAUUACAACAUCCAGAAAGAAUCUACUCUUCAUUUGGUUUUGAGGUUAAGGGGAGGAAUCAUUGAACCCUCUUUGAUGGCAUUGGCUAGGAAGUACAAUCAAGACAAGACCAUUUGCCGCAAGUGUUAUGCUCGUCUGCACCCAAGGGCAGUAAACUGCAGGAAGAAGAAAUGUGGCCACAGCAACCAACUAAGGCCAAAGAAGAAGAUUAAGUGAAGACUUAGACAAGCAACUUGUUUGGUUAAUUUUAGAAGUUCUGCAUGCAUCUAUUUUUAUCAUAUUUUGUUGUUAAGUACCUAUGGAUAAAUUGUUUGUUUUUUUCAAGAAGCAAUACUGGUUUUUAUGUGUUUUUUUGUGCUA